ACAGACGAGCGGUAGUGACAGGAAGCGGAAUUGUCGUUGGAUCAUUGUGCUCUUGGAGCUGGCGGCGGGAUAACUGUGCGGCUGCUGGUAGCUGUGACGGGCUUGUUUCUGAGUUUAAAACAACAAAUCUCAGACCGAUGGGAGACAGCGAUGACGAUUUGGAUCGGAGGAGGCGGGACAAGUUCAGGCGGGAACGCAGCGACAUGGAAAGGUCACGAGAGCGCGAGGAGAGGAGGAGAGACGACUGGCCCGACAGGGACUGGGACCGUGGCCGCGAGCGGAGGCGGGACUAUGACCGCGGCCGCAGAGAGAGGUUUUCUCCGCCCAGACACAUCAGCCCUCAGCACAAACGCAUGAGGAGAGAAUGGGACGACCACAGGGGGGAGCCGUACCGCUAUGACCUGCCAUACGGUGGCGGCGGGGCUCCAUUUCCAGGGGCGGGGCCUCAGGGCUGGCACCCAGAUUUUCCUCACCUUCACCCACAUCAUGGAGGCCACCCUCUGCAGGGCAGGUUGGGGAUGGUGGAUCCAGACCUCCCUCCUCCCGGUCCUCCUACCAUGAGGAGCUUUAAGGAGUUCCUGUUGAACAUGGAGGACAGCGUGGACGAGACGGAGUCCGUGAAGCGCUACAACCAGUACAAGCUGGACUUCAGGCGGCAGCAGCUGCAGGACUUCUUCCUCCAGCACAAAGAGCAGGAGUGGUUCCGCUCCAAGUACCACCCCGAUGACAUCGCCACCAGGAAGGCAGAGUCUCUGGCCGCCCUCAAAACCCGACUCGGCGUCUUCCUCUUCCUCAUGGACAACAACUGGCUGGAUAACGUAUCGCUCGACAUGGACCACGCCCCUGCCAUCAUUAAACUCCUCGAUGCAGCUGUGAUAAAGAUGGAGGGAGGAACCGAUUUUGACCUGCAGGUCCUCGAGGUCCAAGCGAAUGCAGCAGGAGCCGGUGGAGAUGCGAGCGGAGGAGGAGGUGUAGGCGAGAAGAGUCAGGCAGAUCCCAGCGGAGGAAGCGUGGGUGGUCAGACCAGCUCAGAGGCGACUGUAACUCAGAUGAAGGAGACGGCGAGCGGUGACGCGGGCGAUAACAAAGACACAGAGAAGGACUCAGCCGAUGCCAAGCGUAACGGGAAGAAGGAGAAGGACGACGACGAGGAGGAGGAGGAGGAAGAGGAGAAGAAAGAAGAAGAAGAUGAGGAAGAAGAGAAGAAGACCAAGAAAGGCAGGAAGAGGAAACGCAGCCUCUCUGCUGACAGCGGCGAGGGCAGUGCCUCCGACUCUGACUCCUCCCACUCUGAUGGAGAGAAGGAUGAGGACGAGGAGAAGGAGGAAGAGGAGGACGACGGAGAGGAUGAGCGUCGUAAAGAGCGAGGGAAAGAGAGGGAGAAGGAGGCUCCACCCAAGCCCCGCCCCCUCCACCUCACCACCUCCCUAUUCAUCAGGAGCAUCCCGCCAGAGGUGUCCAAGGAUGAGAUCACAGCUCUGUGUCGCAGAUACGCAGGCUUCCUGCGGGUGGCGCUGUCGGACCCUCAGCCCGAGAGGAGGAUAGGACAUCAAACACACCGUAUGGAGACCAACCCCAUCCUGAAGAACAUCACAGAUUACCUGAUAGAGGAAGUCAGCGCAGAGGAGGAGGAGCUCAUCGGCGCCUCUGGGUGCAACACCGAUGACGCCGGUGACGUCAAGGACCCUGCCUCCUCUGACGUCACCUUGGAGACAGAUGAUAAGCUAUUGAAGGUGCUGGACCGCCUGCUGCUCUACCUGCGUCUGGUUCACUCUGUUGAUUAUUAUAAUUUCUGUGAGUAUCCCGCCGAGGAUGAGAUGCCACACCGCUGCGGGCUGAUCCACGUUCGAGGACCCCUGCCUGUGGGCAAGAUCACUGCAACUGAGGUGAGUGAACACCAGCGGAUGUGCGAGGAGCGCCUGGCUCCGCUGCUCUCGCCCUCUGAGACUCUGAGUGAGGAAGAAGCGACCAGGCUGGGGAAGAAAGACCCGGAACAAGAGGUGGAGAAGUUCCUGUCGGCCAACACUCAGGAGCUCAGCAAAGACAAGUGGCUGUGUCCUCUGAGCGGGAAGAAGUUCAAGGCUCCCGAGUUUGUGCGCAAACACAUUCUCAACAAGCACGGCGAGAAGGUCUCUGGUGUCCGGCAGGAGGUUGAGUUCUUCAACAACUUCUUGUUGGACGCUAAAAGACCUGCCCUGCCUGAGAACAAGCCCCUCCCACCGCCUUCACCAG